AUGCGUGCGCGAUCAAUGAAUUCACAACAAUCAUGUCAGCGGCGAAGCAAGAUGGCGGACAGUGAAGUGGACGAAGAUUCGGACUUUGAGCGACAAGGAAGCACUGAACAUGAAAGUCUGAGCACUGAAAGCAGUUAUGAUGGAAGUCCUUUAAGCCCUAGAAGCGACGAUUCAGACUGGAAUUUUGGAGUGAGUGAAAGUGCCGGUUUUCAAAAUGGAUUUGACCCGGAGAAACAUCGCGAGGAGCUUAUUAAUGCCGAGAAAAAAGCUUCGAUUGUGGAUUGCCUUUUAUUUGAAAUUUACGACCAGUAUCAUAGCAGAGAUUCGGUGGAUAGUGAUAAUGUAACUGAAUGUUCAACAACCUCAGGGAGCUUUUACGGUGGCUCGUUCGACCUUGAAGAACGCGGGGAAAGCUGGACGAGAAACGAACUUCUAAGCAAAGGUAAGUUUCUGCACAAACGCAUUUGCUCGUUCGAAUACCAAAGAACUCGUGGUCGAAUACUUUGCUGUUAUUUUUAAGAAUAUCUGCAAGAUUUUGGCUGUAUUAGAUAGUGUAAAUUUGUAAAUUAUAAUGUCAAGCGAUCGUUUUAUUUUGCAAAAUCUAGACUCAGUUAUAUUGGAUUUUUAAAAUCCAACAUGUAACGCGUGUCCGAUAUGAACACGGCUUGUAUGCAUGUGAAGUGGAAUGAAAUGUGCGCGGCGCAAAGACUUUUUCUUUAAUAAAUGUAUCCCUUUAUCCUCUCUAGGAAUACUACGGGUUUCUCAGUUUUCACCGCUCUGUAGUCCCGUGUUUAAUAUAUCGCGUGUUCGCGAUGUUGCGUCUUUUUUGAUCGUUACUUAACGUACGUAACUUAACAAUUAUUUUUCUGUGGUAAGCAAAGAGCAGUUUUUCUACCGAAACACGCAUAGUUACUCACCUUUAAGCAUGUAAAUCCCAGGUGAUAUUUUUUAAUUUCAUAACUGAAAGUUAAUUGGUCGCUUGUUGUUAUCUCCAUUUUAUACAGAUACGGAUGAGCUGAGAGUUAUGGCGAAAGAGUUGCGGACGAGAAUUUCUAUGCUUUCAACAAAGUUGGUAAAACAGUUGAAAAGACGAGAUAAGCACGCUUACAAACUGCAAAGAAACUUUGAUGUUUUAACUGCUAUCCUCCAAGCAGUUUCGCUGAAGAGACGUGAGUAAAAUUCUGUUUUCUAUUUUUCGUAGUUCUAAUGCAAGGUUUUAACGUUUAGUUAAUAACUCAUUUGCCGAGUUUUACGAUUAUAUGCACCUAAUCCGCGUUAAUGAGUAAAAUCUGAAAUUUUUCAGAGUGGGAAAAAGUUUGCAGAACUUUACAUAAUACGAGAUCAACCUCAAUGCUGGAUUAAUUAGUUUCAUUCUAAUCUUUAGCGAAACAUAACAAUAGAAAAUAUUUUUUAGAAACUGCUCAAUUUUAAUAACAAAGCUAUGUUUGCUAUCGACCUUCACAGUUGGAAAGGGGGAAAAGCUAUUUAUAAAAAGCCUUUGGAUGAAGCAUAAAUCUUAAACACGUAAGCACUGUGAUGUGUGGUGCAAAUAGUAUAUUAUUUUAAACUUGUUUGAACACAUCUGUGGGUCUACUCUGCAAAUAAAUGGUUGAAUGUUCCUCAAAUCUAUUGUAAUGUAAAUUUUGUUACACGUACGACCUAUUUUAAUUUUGCUCAUUUUCCUACGCUAUUCUUCUAAAUCCAUCCAGGCUGAAAAAAAAAACGAUUUCAAAGACCGAAUAUCUUUAUUUAAUUAAUUUUCGCAGCAAAUCAGUCAGUUUUUUUUUGGCACAUUUUUGUUUAGGAUUGUUCAUCCCACAGGAAGAUCACAGAGUGUUGUAAAGAUUAAUUUAUUGCAAAUACUUCAAUAAUUACCAAACCAUCAAUCUUUGGGUAUUUCAGUGACUGCUCUUUAAUGAUGACAUGAGGUUUUUUACCAAAUCUGAUUCAAGGAGAAAAAAAUCCAUUUAAAUGGGAAAGAACAAUAAAACUUUGACCUAUUACAAAUUCACAUCCUUUAGUAUCUUACUAUCAGUGAAAUAUUUUCAAAUCGGUAAUUAGAUAGUUUUGCAAUCUUUGGGUGACAAGUUUAUAAAUUUGGAUGCCAGCGGUAUUAAAAAUCAAGACACAAGCUGACAGCUAAGUAUUAAAGUCUGCUAAGUGAUUAUGAUAAUUAUUGCCUGUGUGUGGUGAUGUGUGAAAUUCAAGAGUACUAUUCUUGUGCUUGGCAAUUCAUUUGAAAAUAGAGGGCUCUCAUAAUUUUUUUUGUUAGAAUUUCUUUUCCAGUUGAAAAUGCUGGUAGCAUCUUAAAUUGACAUGUCAAGAAAUAAUUUAUCUGGCAAGUUUGACAAUCAAUAGUCUCUAAUACUAAUGAAAGAGAAAAUCCACAUUCUUCUCAGUCACAAAAUAUUAAUUCUCCAUGCUCCAGUGUUUUUCCUUUUAACAUUGUUGAUAUGAGACUUCUGGCAACACUGUUUCUGAAUUUUUUUUUUUCAGUUCUCUAUAACUAACUUUGGUAGAUGAAUAAGAAUUAAAAUAGUUGGUAUGGAUCAGUUUAUUGUUGGUGAUAAUGAAAAUAGAAUCAGCAACACAGAUUUAUUAAUCUUGGUGGUUAGGUAAUUGCCUAAAGGAAAAAAAAAUAUUAAUAAUCAACUGAAUGUUAAGUCAAGGGUGACUAGCCAAAAAUAUAGUGGAGCUUUAAAUACCGUAAGGCACAAUCAGGGCACGUACAGUCUAAUACCAUCAAUGAAGAGAUACAACUCAUGUUGACUCUGAAAAUGACUACUGCACAGGUUCUCAAAAUGUCAGUCACUUUCCUAAGGAAACACUUAUGUGACAAUCAUUUUCCACCUACUUAUAACAAAAGUUUAUAUUGGGAUGAUAAAGCAUAACUUCAGGAAAAGAGAUAUGAAAUAUAAGAUGGCUAUUUUUAUUCUCCCAACCACCUCAAUAUUGUCUUAAUCAACAGGGAAAAUCAGUCAAAGAAGGCUAUUAAAAAAACAAACUUAAUUUAUACUGCUACAUUUUGUACUUAUUGGAAAACUCUGGUUUUUGUUUACAAUCCUGCCAAAAGAGCUGGAUUAGUUACUAAAUGCCUUCAUCAAAUAAUCUUUAUACAAAGUCAACAUAAUUAAGAUUACUCCAAUCACCCUCCUCAUCCUCGCUCCAUUUGUAAACUUCUAAUUAAUUGUAAAAUGAAGUGUCAUUCUGAAAUUGAAAGAAGAUGUACUUCUGCAUAUUAUUGUUAAGUACAGUAUUUUUUUUUUUACUUAAACAUUAAUUUUUUCUUCUUUGCAUAGGUGUGGAUACUAAAAUCAGAUUUUCCUUCAUCCCUCAAAGUGGAAAGAAAGCCUAUAAACAAGUAAGUUGUAAUCUUCACUUGAACUCUUUCUUCUAUUAUUGAUACAUUCUUCUUUUUCUUCUCAAGAGUUGUGAGUGAGGAUUGGAUUAAUUCAAGACUUUUUCUUUUUCUAGUGGUUGGCUGCUUUCAAAGCCAUAGCGCGCUUGAAGGAGGGAAUCCCAUCAUCUUGGAGAAGAAGGGUUAGCUACAUUUUUAAUGCCUUCAUACAGUGAAAGCUGUAUUUAGUGAAUGCCUAUUUAGCAGUCACCCUCUAUUAAGCAGUGACCUUCAUAAUAUUACUGUUAAACUGACCUGUAUCCCAAGGUCCCAAUGAAUAAUUUCUCAUUGUCUUUACUUCUAUUAAGUUGUCACUUUGACAGGAUGCACCAUACUAGUGCAAGAGAUACAAUUUGUAUGGAGUUUAGUGGUCUUUUACGUCCUUUCUUUUGGCAUUAGAAGAGGCAGACACCCUUAAGGACAUUUUGUCAGGGAUUCCUUUUUUUACCAUCAUCAUUUUCCUAAACAACUCUUAGGUUUAUCAAACCUGUUUUGAACGCCGACUGUCAACCUGUAUUAAGUGGCCAGUGAGCCAUUCCUGAAGGGUGACCGUUUAAUACAGGUUUGACUGUAUUUUGAGGACUUCAUUCAAAUACAAAACUUAUUUGACAUGGAAGAUAUUGCAGAUUUCCAAGAUUGAAGAUCUUCCAUUAAAAAAAAUGUUUUCUCAAAAACGGUCUUAAUAUCAAUAUUGGAUAAUACAGGUAAAUUGAUGAAGAAAUUCAAUUGACUAUUUUCUUUUCUUCUCAUAACUACGUACUCAUUUAACUAAUUCAAGGUCUUAGUCUAAAAUUAGAGGUCUUCACGAAAUAGUUGUAACAUUUGCGUUUCGAUUAUUAUAAUAAUAUCGACAACGAUGCGACACUCACAGUUUGUUCAACACAUGAAAAAAUAGUAACGCACACGCGAGUUAUUGACUUUGUUACUUUAUAACGGAAAGGUAUUGAUUGUCUUUAUUCUAGCUGUGGUUAUGUCUUGCUGAAAACAAGAUUAAAGAUUUAGACUGGGAAAAAACAGCCAAAGUCUGCUUCAAUGAAAAAAGUAAUCCAGAUGAUGACGAGCUAGGAUCACAAAUAGUCAAGGUAAAGUGGAAACUCGCAAUUGAAGGAGUUUAUAUGGAAAAAGGGCGUUGGUCACAUCGGAGGGGUUAGGAUCACGAAUGGCCUUACAUGCUUCUUUCUUGACUGUUUUUUUCCUUUGAACUAACUUGAACUGAAAUUCAGCUGUUCUUAUUGGGGUUCCGCUUGGUGCCGAAAAUAGUCCAGGUCAAAAAGUCUAAAAAUAGUCGAUGAAAGUUAGUCAAACAGAGUAGGAAAAACCGACCCUCUUGUUAGUAUAGUCAAUAAAAUAAUCGCCUAAAAAUAUUCUUUUAGACGACGGUUUGGCCUUAUAUUUCUUUAAAAAGAAAACUACGCGAAAGCCGUGAAAACUGAGAGUCCUGGAAAGCUUGAAAAGCGAAACAAGGGAAGAAAAAUAAAAACGCAACUUAAAAUUUGACAUAAGCCAAUGAGAUUUAGCUUUUCUACUGGGUGUAUGUUGAUCAAAAAUGAUUUUAAAAUACCACAGCUUGUCGCUUUAAACGCUGGCGCUCGAUUUUUUUGAUUUUUUCCCUCGCUCAGUGCACAGAGUUGCGACUCGUCAGAAGGUCCUGAUAGCGGGGCUCAUAUUUUUCUGUUGUACUCAAUCAUGACAUCACUAAUACUACUUGUUUCUUCUGAUCAAACUCUGUAUUGAAUAUAACCAGAAAUAUUUAACAUAAUUGUAACAUUUUAAAAAAGGAACACGCGAGCAAUUUUUGAACGAGCAACAAUUUUUUUUAUCCCAUAGAAUUACUAAUUCUUUGCAUAUGUGUUUUGCCGCACUUGUACAGGAUCUUCACCGCACUGGCUGUAGUUGGUUCUGUAGUCAAGACAGUCCAGAAGAGAGAGCAUCUUUGAAGCGUGUUCUGCUAGCUUAUGCCAGAUAUAACAAGUCUGUUGGGUACUGUCAGGGCUUCAAUGUUAUUGCUGCCCUAAUUCUGCAGGUCAUGGAACGCAACGAAGAGGAUGCACUCAAGGUGACCCUACUUUGCUGUUACAAAUAGUUUUGGAUCCCCGAUAUAACAAAGUGCCAGGGUGGGAUAUCCUCUCUCUUAGUGGGGAUAGGGCGAAAAGGUGAAGCCUUGUUCUAAGGCUAUAACUCGGGCGAAUAAACUAUUUUUUGAUCAAUCUUUGCGCCACGAUUUUGUUUUGUUGAGGCUUCUCUGUAUCUGUGAAAGUUCAAGUUUUUUUAAGUCCACUUACCAAGCCUAGCGGUGCAAAACCGAAGUAAGGGUAAAUUCUCUAGGAGACUUUCAUAUAUUGGAUUGAAUUUGCAUUUUUUGUCUAGUUAGUGAUCUGGCCCGGGUUUGUCCAAACGUUGGAUAGCACUAUCCAUCGGAUAAAUCACUAUCUACAAUGUAGUGGAUAAGUAUUAGGGAAACCAAUUGCGUUAUCCACGGGACAGCGAUUUAUGCGGUGGAUAGCGCGAUCCACCUUUUGAACAACUGGGGCCUGCUGGAUAUCUCAUUGCUUAAUUUGCUAUUCUUGUUUAACCCAAAAUUCCUUUAUAGGUCAUGGUUUACGUCAUUGAUCACGUACUGCCCACCAAUUACUUCGCCAAUAACCUUCGUGCUUUGUCUGUGGAUAUGGCGGUGCUGCGAGAUCUGAUGCGAGCUAAGCUGGUUCGGCUAUCGAAACACUUGGAUAGCUUACAAGCACAAGCAUUGUCACAGAACGGCUCUAACGCCAUGUACGAGCCACCUUUGAUCAACGUGUUUACUAUGCAGUGGUUUUUGACACUUUUUUCGACAUGCCUUCCUGAGGAAACUGUUUUGCGAGUCUGGGACUCAAUUCUGUUGGAAGGCUCCGAGGUGCUUCUGAGAGCUGCUGUGGCUAUCUGGGGUAAACUAGGAGAGUACGUAUCAAGCCCUGCCUUGUUUUCUGUACUGUAUUAACAUUUAGAUGCUCGGGGAGGUGGGGGAGGGGGGGAUACUCAACAAAUUUUGAAACGGGAGGCUCCGCCUCGAGAUCCAACCCCUUACCCUUUUAUAUACCAUUUUUCACGAAAAAGCUACUCCUUUCGUAUACCUUCUAUUGACAAAUGGUACCCCUUUCACAUACCUUGUUUAGAACUUUGCAUCCCUCUUAACUGCUGUAUAUGCGCUGCAUUUCAAAUAGGAAUCAAUCGCAAAAAUAGAACGUUUUCUCGACUUUUUAAAGCCACAAAAUUCAUCUGUUAGCCCUUUGGGCAAUCUGUGACAGAUUUCCCUACCCUUUCGUUUAUUUCAACGACUAAAAUCUCUACCGUUUCUUAUACCUGAGGCCUGAAUAAGGUACCCCUUUCAGGCGGAGCCUCCACGUAUAGGCCGUUAUAUGGAGUCCCCCCUCCGGGUUUAGAUGGUGGAAAGAGUUGAACACAAUGAAACAAUGGUUAAAACUAACAACCAAACAGUUUGAUGGGGGUUAUAUACGUCUCUUGUACCUGAAAUUCAUGUGUAUGCAGUUCGUGCAACAGUUUAUAAAAAGGGAACGCUUCGUUUUGUUAUGCCUGUGGGAUUUUUUUUUAUUAACAGUGCUUCACAAGUUACCACCAGCUCAAAAGUUAGAACCGCUUUUAAUUUCAUACAUAUUGAGAAUUAUCAGAUCGAAUUUGUGUGUGUGUUUGCAAAAUUUCCGGCGAAUCAGUAUCAAACAUAAAAUAAUUUCUUCCAAUUACCUUCAAACAACUGUACAGUGUAUGUGCAACACAGUCAGCAGCUCCUCUAUAAAGCUCUGCUCGGUAGCUUUUAUUUUAAUUGCCUUAUUAUCUAGAACUUUAACCACAGACUGCAAUACUAUAGUUAGACCACCUUGAACACCAUCCCUUGGCGUGAUGUAUUUUAAUUUUACGCCUUUAAAGGUAGGAUCGUCCUCACACACAGUUUUAGCUCUAACAGUAAGAGGUUUAAAGCACCUGUGGUCACUUUGCCUUGCGUGCCAUUUAGUGGCUAUAUUGUAUGUUUCUUAACCCCUUAAACUUUGAUUGAUACGUUAACAUUGUAGGCGCCUUGAAGACGUGGAGACGUCAGAUGAUUUUUACAGUACAAUGGGAGUCCUAAUACAAGAUGUUUUGACGGGCAAUGUUAUCGACUGUCAAACUCUAAUGCAGGUAAAGUUUCCCAUGCAUUUAAUGAUUAAUUUACAGUUUGCAACCUUCUUUGAUGAAUCUUUUGGACUUUUUCUCGCGGACGUUUUAGGUAAGGAGAUUGCUGCAUUUAGUAAAACUAGCUGUCGAACGGUGAUCCAAACAUAUUGUUUUUCUGCAACGAUAACUUCCGUUCCGAGUAUUUCUGUGUUAAGUCCUUGGUACAGAUAAUGAUGCUUUGAGAAUGACACCAUGCAAUAUGCGAUGUCUUAAGGUAUGAAAAGUUAGAAUAAGAUGUAGGGCUGAUGUUUUUGAAAGGGAGAGUUUUUCGGUAACCAACGGUAACAUUAAGGCAGGCGAUAGGGUGUGUUACAAUGUAUACGAACGUUGCAAACUGUUUGACCAUUUUGGUCUGAAGCCAGGUUACUUAAGAAACAUGUGCGACUACACACGUUUUCUAAACAACCGAUCUAGAAAUGUAAACUGAUGUCGUAAACGUUUAUGCAGCUGUUGUGAAUAGAAUUAAUUUGCAGCGUUAAACUAGAAAGCGUGUUUUUCUUCACGCUCCAUUUAGUCUCCCAGACUCUUCAUCUAUUUUUUUGUGAUAAUGUUACGGAUAAGCUGAACAUAGGUUGAUAUCAUUUAUACGCUUCUAUAGUACAUCAGCAGUAUAACAUUGCCGUAGAGUUUUGAGCUUUAUUUAUCUAUCGUGACUUAACCACAUUUGAUUGGUCGGGCGAUUGGUCUCACAGGGAGUUUUAUGAAUUUAGAGGGCGAUUAAGAUCAUCUUAACCUAGAAAACGUUCACACAGGUAAGAAAAAUUCCGAAGUACUAGGGUGCAUAGCUUGUUUGAAAACACGUGGAGUUAUAACUAAGCUAAGUUCUGGUUUAGUAAAGUGGGGCCUCUUAAUAGAAUCUUGUUGAAGGUUAGACUUUCUUAAAGUCCUUCGCUUCUCCGUUCUCGUUUCUGGCCGAAAACAAAACAUUUUGUAGCUCGCGCUCUGCGCUGGAGAAAAAUUUUGAGCUCGACUUGAAGGUGUGCACGCGGAAGCGACCGUAAAUUUGAGUAAGGAACUGACUUCAGUUCAGAUUUCAACUUUGAGUCGGAACUCUGUUCCCUUGAAUUGAACACAGAGAAACUUAAAGGAUACAAAUAGCAGGGUUGUGCUACAAGAAAUAUCCUAAAGGAAUCAUGAUCAUUUGUGAGUUUUGGACAUGUAUUUGGUGUUAUCUGAAAAUCAUCAAUCAUCAUUGCGUAGUUGAAAUGGUCUUAUAGCCAUAAAUCUAGCUAGAGUCCAAUUUGAAGAAGAUGAUAAUGUUUUUGCUCCUGACAGCACUAAGUUUCAAUUUAUUUGUCCGCCUUAUCUAGAACAGCUCAAAAUGCAAAUAUAGAUAUUGCUGUCCAGUAAGUUAGUGAUUUGUAAUCGAUACCAUCUGUCUGCUAAAGGAAAAUUAAUGUAAUAUAACCGAUUAACAUCAUGUUUGUUGAAAAUAUCAGACGAUAUGCAGGGUAUAUUGGCCCAAAAUAUUGAAGAUGAGAAAACAGAAAAAUGACGAGAGUGCUUAUAUAAAGUCGUCAGAUCCGCUAUUUCCAGCGCUCACCAAACUAUUACGGUCCCCUCAUUUUCAAGUUAUGACUUACAGUGCUCGGAAAUCACGAAUCUGUAUUUAUCAUGUAGCAUUGACUAUGUCAAUACAAGACAUUUAGUAGUUUUAUCUGAGCUUGCAGUUGACGAAAAUAGGCGCUGGCAAAAUUGCCGACUAUAAAUAAUACUUUGACAUAGCCACUGUAAAGAUAUAAAACCCUAUUUAAAUGGAUCCAACUUGUCAAUCUAACAUUCUCAAAUUUUGUUUUGAGACGAUUUGACUGGAUAUUAAAGCCAUUUAAGCGGUUUUUCUUCUUCUCUUACAGGAGGUCUACGCACUUGCGCCGUUCCCUUUUCCAGGCCUAGCAGAGCUUAGAGAACAGUAUACUUACAACAUCAAUCCAUUCUCUGACGUCACUGGUGACAGAAGCCGACGAUCAGCACUGGCACGUGGUUCUAGCGACGAAGAAGACGAUGUGGACGAUCUUGAAGGGAUGAGUUGCCUUGGAGCUUUCUUACCGUUUUCGGAAAUUGUCCCCGGCAACACGAUGAAAGCUGUUGGUCAAGGCGACGCAGAUGCAAAUGACAUCGCCGCGGCUUCGCCGGGUGUAUUUGCUACUGACGGGUAUUCGCCUCUACCUUACACAACAAAACAGUUCGGUUCAAGGGGAAACCGCGUGCAAGAGGAGAUGUCCUACUUACAGAAACAGUACGCGAGGAUGAGGCAAAUGCAACAAAAUGCGGUCGUGGUCUUUUCAGAGGCUGCGGUGCAGAAUAUUCAAGAAUCGGAAAAGCGUAAGAGCAUUCCCGCUGCCAUUAACCAUUUGCUUGUAUCGGCGACAAAGCGAAAGGUGAAAGCUACCAGGAGCCAUUUUGGGACUGAAAAGAAAAGCAAUCAAACGAAAGCUGUCCAGAAGUCCUUGUUUGAUGAAAUAGCGAGUCACAAAGCUGAAGUUAAACAGAACGCUUACGAAAAGGAAAGCUUGCAGCAUUUAAAUAUGUUGUUCAAAGGUGACAAGAAAGAGCGAAAAGAGGCACAGGAGGAUGGGAAAACGAAGAGUUUUAGCAAGAAAGUAGAAACUGAAAGGACAGAGGGUUUGGUGAGUGCAAAAAAGGUACACAAGGAAGAGAAACGGUGGCAAAGCGAAGAGAGGCGUCGCCACGUUGAACCGCCAACUGUUAAAAAGGAAAAGCGAGUCGCCCCCAAUUCGCUUAAAAUGCAGCAUGUUGGAUUAAAUGGUGAAGUGUCCUCGUUAGAAACUGGAAAAUCAAAGCAAAAUGGCGGGCCUAUUCUUUCGAUCGUUAAUCCUUCUAAUCAUACGCCGAAAGUUACGGUAGUGGAGUCAUCAAUGUUAACGGUAACAGAGGGCAACAAUGAAGCGGCUAAAACUGUUAAAGUACUGGAUAAAAACAGUCCUGCUGUCCUCGAUACGGGCAUGCGCAGCUUCGGUGGGACAGGACGGGUCUAUAACCGUGGGGCUAUGAACUCUUCUGGUAAUAGUUCAUGGUUAUUAGAAGAGGACAGGAGAUGUAAGUACCCCGAAAACUUUAGACCCUUUCCUCAACGGAACAAACAGCCCACUAGGAGCAGAAUUCUUUAUGGCAACAUUUCGGACAAAGGUGCCAAGCGAAUGGACGCUUUUCAAGUCAAGAAAGAUAAUCGGCAAAGUGUCAAUGGUGUUGCGGUCAAUGGAGGGGCAGACGGUAAAAGAAAUUAGUGGCGAAGAGAAGCGUUCUGCUGGAUAAUUUUUGUUUUUAAGGUUUCGUCGACGAAUCACCAGAAAUACCCAAAAGCUGCGAAAGUCGACGAAAUGCGCAUGGUUCGAAGCCCGGUUGGCGCUAAUGGUUUAUUUUAACAGAGGAUAUUAAUUGUCAUGGUAGCUAACCUUUUUCGGCUAAGAACUUUUGAAUAACUCGAAACAAGAUCUUGGUGUUUUCUCCCGUGAACCUACAAUGUUUUCAGGCCUUCUCCGUUUUCGAAAUACUCCACAGGCUAAGAAGGCCCGUGGACGAGGUUGAAAUUGUUGUGCAACGUUCUCCGCCGCCUUUACGUAUACAAGUUGCGUGAAACGUGUAAGCCGACUUAAAUGGGUGGCUGGGCACAACAGAGGAGGCUUCCCUCUAAGUAAACAAUCAUACAGUGACCGGUAUUGUCCCUUACCGAUUAUGUUCAGAAAAAUUAUAAUUUAUAAGUAGUGUUUCAUAAAAACCCGAAUAUUUUGACAUAUUUUGUAAUUAAUGUCUAUUAUCUAAGGCGAAUGAACUUGAAAAUGUAAAAAAAGUUAUAAGAAAUAUUCAGUCCCCCUAGAAGGGGCAGUUACAGUUGUGAUUCAAUUGGAGGUGGAAAGAGCUCUCUGCAAAGGCGUCUUGUUCUUCGUGCUCCUGCUCAGUGCUACAGCAACAAAACAAACCGAGACUUGUUACAAAGACUUAUUAUUUGGGCGUGGCCCAAAUAGAGUAACCGAGGUCGCUUGUUUUGAUUCAAAAUAGGUUUGCAGCACGUGCGAAGGUAAACAAGCCAAGGGACAAGAAUCUCUUCCGCGCGCUUUGUCACAACACAGCAUUUAUCUUCGUUAAAUGCGACCCACAGAUAAUGCAUUGCAAACAAAUCGACAAUUUGGGUAGAAAGCAAGCUAAUCUGUUUAAUUCUUGUUAAUAUUAUAGAUUUAAUUAACUGCAUCUUUGCGUGGUGUACCUUUUUAUUGCUAAGGUUCAGUGUAGCUAGCUGACCAUUUGGGAUAAAUAUAUCCCCCAUAUGCAUACAUGAAGUUAGAAUUAAGAGUAUUUUGAAGGGGCAUGAACUGCCUUUGUUACAUAAUUAUCACGUAUUUAAAGAAUCUAUAUUUAAGAAAAAAUAGUAAUUUACAGUAAAAGUAAAGUUUUUAACUGGUGUCUAAACGGCUUUAGCUACCAAUUCCAAUUGUUUGUUACAACAUAACCUCUGUUUCGCAAUAGUUUUACUUCUCGUUUGAACGUAGAACUUUAAGUUAAAAAUGUUAAAAACCUUUUCCCGGAAAAGGGACACAUGAAUCUUUGUCAAGUGCAUAUAAAGGUGCGUCCAAUAGAAAAACGUCUUUUAUUCUGUAGAAAGCACAGAAACACAUGAAAAAGAUGCAUUUAAAGGUGCUUCCAAUAGAAAAACGACUUUUUGUAGCAAGCGCAGAAACGACGGUACUCUUCAAAAUCUUCCGCAAGGAAAAAAAAUUGUUACGCCGUUUUUAUGCUUUUGUGCUUGUUUUGACCGUCAAGAGUUUUCAGACGAGAUUAGAUGAAAUCAGUCUGCUUGUGCUACGAAUUUAUAGAAGGCUGCCUAAGUUCUGGCGCGUUAUGACAAGGCUGUCCUAUAGUACGUUGUAGGUAAAUCACCUAGAAUUGUUGUAGAGAAAAGUUUUGUUACUUUCGAGAAAAUACUAUAAUAAAUGAAUGUAUUUUUCUUUGAAGAUAAUCGUAAGUGUGAAAUAUUUAUUAGACAAAGAUAGACGGAUACGGAAGUAUUAGUUCAGCAUUCUGUAAAGGAGUCAAAGCGAAGGACAAUAAUUUUAGCCUUUUUACUGGUUUACAGAAAAUUGAAAAUAAAUUAUUGGAAUGUUAACUAGUGAAUCCAAACUGUAAUCCCCGACCAACGUGAAAGGCAUAAUUCUAAAUUGUCUUAAGGCGCUUUCCAUUUAUCAGAACUGACCAGCCAGCCCAUUCCCAUUGUGAUGAGAAUUUCACUUUUAACCAAAACUAACCAACCAGAUCAAUCAAAUCCUAAAUAUAUGCCCACAAAGGAGAUGGUUUUCCAGCAAAACCUCUUGGAAAACGCUCUGACUUUUGGAAAGCGCCCUUAGACCCAAGCCACCACCUUGGUUUAAGUGAAUGCGGAGAUGAGAUGUGAGGAUGCAUGUAAUUAAAUGCAACAGCACAUUUUCAAACAGUCGAAGGGUAUUCUCCCCACUCUAGAAAACGUUCAGUGCCUGCGUUAAUGUAUUACAGUUGAGUCAAUCAUUCCCCUCAGGGACAUGAGCGUGCUAGACUUCUUUCUGUAGGAUACUUGACUUUCAAACGUAACAUGAAAUACAGUACGGUAAUAACAGUUCCUUUUACAAUAGGCAAUUUUCGAGUCCAAAACCCCUCGUUUUCAAAAUGGGGCCAAGUGCAAAACCUUGCA